AUGUCAAAAUAUCCAGCUAUUAAGCACUGGCCAUUCGAAGUAAUAAAUGAAUUAGGCAUGCCGGAAAUCAAAAAGCCUAUGAGAGGAGAAGUUGACGAUGCGGCGAUCACAGUGCUGGUGUGCUUUAAUGAAUACCAAUGCCAGGUCAUGAUAGAUACAGCCAAAAUAUUGAGUACAAAUGUGUUGCGCCUCACUAAUAAGUCAAUGGCGCCUACUAUUGCCCACAGUUUGUUCAAGAGGGUAGUGAGGUGGUGCAAUGUGUUCGUCUUCUGUUUGGGUUGUGGUAUCCUCAAUAUGUUCUUCUUGUCGACCGGUGUUGCCGCGAGUAUGGGCAGUGAGGAUAUGGCUCUUGACUGGAGGAUAACUUUGUCAGGAAGUCCAAGCAUGAGCGUUAGGAAGAAACACGAGAGUGGCGAAUCGCAUUGGGAAGAUGGGAUGCAACCGAAAUUGAUGUCCGGCGUUCAGGGCAUAAACAACAGCGCUUAA